GUUCAGAGAACAGCGCCGUGUCGGGGUUUCACGACAGUCGGCCUCAGUUUGCGGCUGAGACGCGCGAGCACGCCUGAGCAAGGAAAACAUGAGAGGUCAAAAGUUAUGAUCGCAAUCUUCAGCAGAGACGGAACAUAACACGGAGACAUGGCCAGCUCCAUGGUGGCAGUGGGACUGGCUCUGGCUGCAGCUGGAUUUGCAGGCCGCUAUGCCAUGCAGGCCAUGAAGCAGAUGGAGCCUCAAGUAAAACAGGCUCUGCAGAGCUUCCCCAAGACUGCUUUUGGAGGAGGCUACUACAGAGGAGGAUUCGAACCAAAGAUGACAAAGAGAGAAGCAGCUCUGGUUUUAGGUGUCAGUCCCACAGCCAACAAGAAUAAGAUCAGAGAAGCCCACAGAAAACUAAUGAUCCUAAACCACCCAGACAGAGGUGGAUCUCCAUACAUAGCUGCAAAGAUCAAUGAAGCAAAGGAUCUGAUGGACGGCCUGUCUAAGAAGUAGAUGUUCUUCAUCUCACUCUGCUGUCUCUCACGCUGCUGCACUGACCGAUUCCAGCGAUCGCCUGACUUUUGUAUCUCUUUGUUGUCAAAUAAAAUCACCGUAUGAGCUCA